AUGGCAACAACAAAUUCGACAGGAGGUGGAAUGCAAACAAAAACAAUUCAAGAAGAACUUUGUUCCCUCUCUUUGGAAAGAGGAUCACAACAACACUUAUUCUAUCUAUUGGUAGUCAACAUUUUCCUCUCUAUUGGCGCAGUUCUUGGGAAUUCUCUUAUCCUUGUUGCCUUUCGCAAAGAAUCCUCCCUUCAUCCGCCCUCCAAACUCCUUUAUCGUUGUCUGGCGACAACUGAUUUAAUGGUUGGUGUUGUUAGCCAGCCUCUCGCUUCUACUUAUUAUAUGUCCAUAGUUUACGAACACUGGAGUAUUUGUCGAUACGCAAGGUACGCAGCCUUCAUGACAAGCUAUGCAUUAUGUGGAGUAUCCUUGUCGACGAUGAUGGCCAUAAGCGUGGACAGACUUCUCGCCCUGCUGUUGGGGCUGAGAUACAGACAAAUUGUUACUCUGAAGCGUACAUUUUUCUGUGUGGGUAUAUUUUGGGUAGUAUCUUCCGUCCCUACUUCAUCUUUCAUUUUAGAUGACCGUAUCGCGCUUUGGUAUAGCUCUCUAGGUGUACCAUUUUGCUUGGUUAUCUCCAUUGUCUCGUACACAAAGAUUUUCCACUCUCUCAGUCGUCAUCAGGCUCAAGUAAAAAAUCAACAACAGCCGAGCCCACCGAAUGCACUGAACAUUGCGCGAUAUAGAAAGGCAGUACAUAGUGCACUUUGGGUACAGUUAGCACUGGUUGUUUGUUAUUUGCCAUUUGUUAUAGUGGAUAUUGUCAUCAGCCAUAGUAAAACACAUUCAUCCCAUUUAACCAUCACUAGGGAAAUAUCAUUUUCCUUGAUUUACUUUAACUCGACGUUAAAUCCGUUUCUUUACUGUUGGAAGAUUAGCGAAGUGAGACAAUCAGUAAAGCAGACAAUCAGACAAGCACUUUACUGUUCUUGGAUGAAUUCAUGGAUGAAUUAA